AUGGUUAAUUUUAUACCUUAUGGAACAGCAGGAUUCAGAGGACCUGCUUCUGAUUUGGAAACAAUAAUGAUUCGUGUUGGAGUUGUUGCUUCUAUGCUUGCAAGAGAGGAAAAAAAAAUUGUUGGUGUAAUGAUAACUGCUUCUCAUAAUCCUAUUGAUGACAAUGGAGUAAAAAUUGUUGAUUCAAAUGGUGAGAUGAUUAAUCAAAAGUGGGAACAUGAAGCUAUUAGAAUAGUUUAUAUGAAAGAUGAUGAAUUUAAUGGUCUUGUUGAAAAAUUAACAAAAGAUGGAAAAGAUAAUGACUAUGGAAAGGCUGGUAUUAUGAUUGGUGGUGACACAAGGCCAUCAACUGAAGAAUUCAGGAAAAAAAUGAUUCAAAUGAUUACUAAGUUAAAUACUAAAUAUAAAAAUUUAGGAAAUGUUACAACUCCUGUUUUACAAUACUCUGUUUAUGAAAUAAAUAAUACUUUUGAUAGUAAUCUUUCUAUAGAUGUUCCUUAUCAUCAUACACUAAAAAAUAUCUUCCAACAAACAUUCAAAUUAAUGGAAAACAAAACUUUGACAAAAUAUGAGAGUAAUAUUUGUUUUGAUGGUGCUUAUGGUGUAGGGAAUCCAAUAGAAAAAGAUAACGUUUUAUUAUCAAAUGGAAUUUUAGAAGUAGAAAUAGCUAAUGAUAAAAUUAAGGGGACUUUAAACAAAGAGUCUGGUGCUGAUUAUGUAAAAAUGAAUAAAACGUUUCCAAAAUGUUGUAUCUAUGAAGGUGCCCCAAGAAAAUGUGUUUCUUUUGAUGGUGAUGCUGAUAGAAUAAUUUAUUUUCUGUCACUUAAUGAUGGAAACUUUGGCCUUAUAGAUGGUGACAAAAUUGCUGCUUUAUUUGUUAAAUUUAUAAAAACACAUCUUUCAAAAAGUGGUUUAGAGGAUAACUUAACUAUUGGAGUUGUUCAAACAGCAUAUGCUAAUGGGGCAUCAAUGAUGUAUUUUAAAAAUACUGCUAAUAUUGUCCCAAGAAUUGUUAAAACAGGUGUCAAAUAUUUGCAUCAUGAAGCAAAAAAAUUUGAUAUUGGUAUUUACUUUGAAGCAAAUGGCCAUGGUACAGUUUUAUUUAGUGAAAAAUUUGAUAAAUUAAUUAAAGAAAAUUUUGAUAGUAAUGAAAGUUGUAAAUACCUUUAUUAUUUUAGUCAAUUGAUUAAUCGUGUAACUGGUGAUUCAAUAACUGAUUUAUUAUGUGUAGAAAUCUGUCUUCGCUAUUUUGACUGGUCUGUAGAAGAUUUUUACAAUAUUUACAAAGAUUUUCCAAAUAAACAAAUCAAAGUACCUGUUAAAAAUAGAUCAUUGUUUGUUACAAUCACUGAUGAAACAAGACUCAUUCAACCUAUGAAACUUCAAGAUUUUAUAGAUAAAAAGCUUGAAAAUAUGAAGUCUGGUCGAGCUUUUGUUAGACCUUCUGGUACAGAAAAUAUUGUCCGUGUAUUUGCUGAAGAUUCAGACAUUGAUAAUGCGGAAAAAUUAGCUGCUGAUAUAGCUGAAGAGAUUAUUAAAAAUUAUAGUCAUUGA